GACAUUAGCAGGUUUUUUUCAAACAGCAAAACUAAAAAUCACAGUUUUGACACUUUAUUAUUGCAAAAGGCAUCUGAUCUGCAUUUGUGUCUGCAUGAAAAAAGGUUACGUAACUCAAUUGUCAGUCGGCCUGAGAGACUCCUGCGGCAAAUCGAAAGUUAGAGACACAGAAGAGAGGAGCCAUGGAGAUGGAAGAGAUCACCAAAGAAGAGGAAAGACCCGAAGAAGGUGAAAGAAAGAAAGAAGAAGCAAUAAAGAAAGAUGAAAUAAAGAAAGAAGAUGAAGGAGCAACAGAGGUGACACCAGAGGACAAAACUAAAGAGGAAGCAGAACCAGACUACUACUCAAAACUACAAAAUCCAUCUGAAAACAUCUACUCAGAGGCUUUUUAUGUCGGAGCUCCGGCUAAAACAAACGCAGGCAAAGAGACUGCCGGAAACACACGUUGGUACCGUGUCGUGUGUGUGCUCCUCGCCAUACUCUGCCUGAUCCUGCUGGUGAUCGUCAUUACCCUCAGUCUGAAACUCCAAUCUGGCACCACAGACUGCCCCGAGAGAGUGGAAACUGUAGAAGUAAACAGGGCACUUCCUCCGCUUGAGCCUACGUGCAGCCAGGAGAAGUGCCAGGCUCUCUUCCCCAGGAUGCAACCCCAACAUCUCGGCUGUCGGCAGUGCGCUGAUGGAUGGCUGACUUUUGGCUCGUCGUGCUUUUACCUGUCCACCUACAGGCUGAACUGGGACGAGAGCCAGAAGAACUGCAGCGCCAGAGGAGGAGCUCUGGCUGUUGUUAACAGCUGGCGUGUUCAGGACUAUCUCACUACGAAAGGAAACAUGAAUUACUGGAUCGGGCUGAAAUACCAUGGGGCCGAAUGGAGCUGGGUCAACAAUGCUGCGCUGACAAAGAGCUAUUGGGCAGACUUCACAUCAGAGGGGGAUUGUGGGAUCCUCAGCACUGACAAGCCACGUGCGAAGAACUGGAUCAAAGCUUCCUGUGGAGCUGCCACCUACUUCAUCUGUCAGCUGCAGCUCUGACAACGUCAGUCUGUCUUCUAACAGAAUAAUGAGCAAACCAAUUUUCGAUCAACCAGCAUCAACUCCUCCAUAACAUUCUGAAUAUUGUAUCUUUCCACUUUACACUUAAACCAGUACUAACCAGCAAGGAAAUGUAAUGAAGCAUUUAGAUGAUAGUUUUUUAUGUGAAGAGAUGCUUAGUCAGAUUUUAUUAUAUAUUAUAUUUUCUUGUAGCAUUGUGUUGCCUUAUUCUAGCAUGUCAGCCCUGCUUAUAAACACUUACUAUGUAAGCACUAUCCAGUGAACUUCACUCUUUCAUAUGUCUUGUACUGCUGUCUGACUUUUCUCCCACAAAUAGGGGUCAGUAGGUUUGUUUCAGCAUGGUUUUAUUCUCAUAUAAAUCUGUUUAUUAAACUACAUAAGAAGUUAAA